AUGGAUCCGCACGGGUUUCAGCAAAAGCUGGCGCUGGUCGAGAGCACCCAGACCCGUGACAGCUGCAUCGAGUUGCUCCGUUACGUUCGCAAAGAGAAGUUGCGUGAGUCUCGCGCCGUUUCGCGCGUUGGAAAGCUGCUAGUGACCCAGCAUCGCCGUGGACUCGGCGAUGAAGUGUGGACGGUAUACGAGCAGACGUUCAUCGCUGCUCUGGACGUGCACGAUGACGAGCUGUCCGAGACUUGUCUCAAGGCGCUUCAAGGCCAAUUCCCUGGUAGCUCUCGGGUCGCAAGGCUCGAAGGCAUGCAGCUGGAGCAGCGAAACGAGUUUACCAAGGCACUGACGUUAUACGACCAGCUGCUGGACGCCAAUCCGGCCAAUGCCCUGGUGUUCAAACGCAAAAUCGCAGUGCUUAAGGCGCAAAAAAAGACGAUGGAUGUUAUCGCGGCGCUAAAUGAAUUCCUACGCUGCUUUGGGACCGAUCAGACGGCUUGGACGGAGCUGGGAGAGACGUAUCUGUCGAUUGGCACGUAUCGCUACGCUGCCUUCUGCUACGAAGAGCUGGUGCUGUUGAACCCCAUGGACGCUAUUUACCAUAGUCGACUGGCUGAUAUCUACUCAACGAUCGGUGGUCUGGACAGUUUACUGAAGGCGCGCAAGCACUACGCCCACUCGCUUGAGCUGAAUAAAAAGCAAAACCUCCGAGCCUACUUUGCCCUCGUGAUUUGCACAAAGGCAAUUGCAAUGCAGCGCGGCUACCGUGCGGAUCAAGACGAUGCUGGAAUGAACGAGCGGCUGCAGACGUUUGCAUUGAACAGCAUUCAGGACAUUUAUGCUGCCUCCUCGACUCCUGAUCUCGCUGAGAUUGCGCAAGCGACGAUCAGGGCUCUGUAG